UCACUUUCUCAUCCUCCCUCCUCUAGCGGGCUCCCGGCGUCCUCGUCGGGGGUCUCGUCGGGCUCCCUCCUGCCCCCGCAGGAAGCGGCCAAGCUCUACCAGGCCAACUACGUGCGGAACUCGAGGGCCAUCGGGGUGCUGUGGGCCAUCUUCACCAUCUGCUUCGCCAUCGUCAACGUGGUCUGCUUCUUCCAGCCCUACUGGAUUGGCGACGGCGUGGAGACCCCGCAGGCGGGCUACUUCGGGCUCUUCCACUUCUGCACCGGCAGCGGCGUCUCCCGGGAGCUCACCUGCCAGGGCAGCUUCACGGACUUCGCCAGCCUCCCGUCGGGCGCCUUCAAAGCCGCCUCCUUCUUCAUCGGGCUCUCCAUGACCCUCGUCAUCACCUGCAUCGUCUGCUUCGUCCUCUUCUUCUUCUGCAACACGGCCACCGUCUACAAGAUCUGCGCCUGGAUGCAGCUCAGCUCCGCUGCCUGCCUUAUCCUCGGCUGUAUGAUUUAUCCCGACGGCUGGGAUGCAAAAGAGGUGAAGCGCAUGUGCGGUGAGAAAACGGACAAGUACACGCUGGGAGCUUGUUCGAUCCGCUGGGCUUACAUCUUAGCCAUUAUUGGAAUCUUGGAUGCUAUGAUCCUCUCCUUUCUGGCAUUUGUACUUGGCAAUAGGCAGGACAGCUUACUAGCAGAAGAACUGAAGUUGGAAAGCAAAGACGAUGGAAAUGCUUAAGGCAAAGGUGACUAGGACACUAAUUUUUGUUAAGUGAAUCUUCACUAGAAUGAGCACAAAC